AACACAGAGCCUUUUGGCACAAGGGAUCCCAAACUGCAGCAGUGCCUUCAUCAGUGUCUUUGCUUCAGCUUCAGCCUCUGCCAUCUGUUUUUAGUUUCUGAUUUUGAAGCAAUUUCCUCUGACUUGUAUAUUACUGGACUUUGCCUUGAAGAUGGGGAUACGAGAUUAUAAAUUGAUUUAUCUUAUGACACUGGCUUUGCUUCUGAGUGCUUGUGCUUCAGAAGCGAAAAGAGGAAGUCAAGACAAGACAACUGUUGGCAAGGAUAGUUUUAAUCAAGAUGAUUCACAAGAAAGCACACCGCAAGAAGUGUUCCGUGUGGAAGAUGACGAUAAAGGAACCAUGGUCACACAAACUACAAGUCAUUUGGCCUUCACAGAGAUGGCCAAUUCGUCACUGGCUGAAAAUAGAAACAGCACUGAAAUAACUAGUGAACAGGUUCCUAAUGGUGAUCCAACAAAAAGGAGCAUCACAAAAAUCCAAAAUCCUUUGUUUCCCAUUACUGACAGCUCUUACAGUGCUUAUGGGAUUCUCUUUUUGGCUUUUGUGGUGUUUGCCUUUGGCAUCGUGGGUAAUCUGGCGGUAAUGUGCAUUGUGUGGCAAAAUUACUUCAUGAGGAGCGCAUGGAACUACUUUCUUGCAAGUCUGGCUUUUUGGGAUUUUCUGGUGUUGUGCUUCUGUCUGCCUGUGGUGGUCUUUAACGAACUCACCAAUAAGAGGCUUCUGGGAGAUUUCUCCUGCAGAGUUGUGCCUUACAUAGAGGUAACCUCUCUUGGUGUGACAACCUUCAGUCUGUGUGCUUUGGGCAUUGACCGCUUCCACGCUGCCACAAGCUCUAUGCCAAAGGCCCGACGAGUUGAGCGCUGUCAGAAGGUCCUGGCUAAGCUGGCGGUGGUUUGGAUUGGCUCCAUGGUGCUAGCGGCUCCUGAGCUGCUCCUGUGGCAGCUGCAUCAGGUGACACCACCUAGUCUGGGUCACCAAGUGGACACCUGCAUCAUGAGUCCAUAUCCAGAUCUCCCCGAAUCCAUCUAUUCUCUCAUUAUCAACUACCACGAUGCACGCAUGUGGUGGUACUUCGGCUGUUACUUCUGUCUGCCUGUUGUCUUCACCCUGCUCUGUCAGCUGGCCACAUGUCAUGUAUCCGGCGGGAGCGGAAGUUCUUCUAAGCGGCCCGAGGAACGAUCUCCAUCCAAAAAACAAAAGCUUCAGCACGCUCAGCAAGUCGAACGGCAGCUCAACUGCACGGUCAUGGCUCUAGCAGUCGUAUAUGGUGUCUGUACACUGCCAGAGAAUGUUUGCAACCUGACUUUGGCGUAUGCUCCCAUCCAGGUGUCUGAGGUGGUGACUUCUCUUCUGGCCCUCAUAAACCAGUUCUUUCUGUUCUUCAAGUCAUCUGUGACACCAGUGCUGCUGCUUUGCCUGUGCAAGUCUCUGGGCCAGGCCUUCAUGGACUGUUGCUGCUGCUGCUGUGAAGAAUGCCAACCGAGCAACUCUUCAUCUACCCAAAAUGUCGCUGAAGGCAAGCUCAAGACCACAAAUGACGUGUCCUCCAUUUUUUUUGACAAAGCCAAGGACAGUUCAACCAUCUUGUCCAUUGGCAGCUGAGUAGGUGGAUCCCGUCCCUAAGUGAUGACAUCAUGAGAUGACAUGGAACCUACAACCUACCUUCUUCCCAUUAUCCACAAGUGGUCAUCUUUACAUUAGCAGUUCUUACUGUUAUGUUGGAGCAAGUUAGCUUUGCAAUUUGUCCAAUUUGCAAUUUUGGUUUUGGUACAAACUUAGUGGGUAAAAAUCAUUUUUUAGUUAAGAUCUAAGUUCUAAGUUUGGCAUCUGAAGGCUAAUUCGCUCUAAAUUAUGUUCACAAAUCUGAAGAUUAAUUCCAUAAUAUCUCAGGAUGGCUCAAUGUACCUAUAAAUUCUUAAAAUGAUAAUUCACCCAAUAAUUUACUCACCCUCGCGUCAUUUCAAACCAUUGACUUUUUCUCAUCUGUAGAACACAAAAAAAGAUAUUUUGUAAGACGUCUCCAUGUUUAUGUCCACACAAUGGAAGCCAGAGGGCUCCAGUGUUGUUUUGGACCCCAGUGACUUUCAUUGAAUGGACAAAACAAUGUUUCAUUGUAUCCACUUUUGUGUUCUGCAGAAGAAAGGAAGUCAUACCGGGUUGGAACAACAUGAGGGGGUGUAAAAGAUGCCACAAUUUUGAUUGUUGGGUGAACUAUCCCUUUAAUAUAUCACCAGGGUCUCCAUUAAGUCACUGUAAUUUUUACUUCAAAUGUCCCACAUUCAUAGAUCUACUUUUCUGUACAGACAAUGAAUUUUACACAUAGCUCUGAGUGUAUAAAUAUUCAUUAUAUCAGAAAUGCAGUGAAUACUACCAGAUCACAAAUAACACAUCAUCUUGUUCAUAUAAUAGGAAAACUUGUGAAACAAAAAUGUAAGGAGUUUUUGUCUGUUACUCAGGCAAAUGCUAUUUAUCACUAAUUUUAAUUAAUGCCUCUUUUUUCAUAACCACUGAACAUUGAACAUUGGUCUACACUGUUGAUUGUGAACUUCUGUAUAUAAGCACUCAGCUGUAUUAGAAUGUAAAUAGAUCAUUUUUGAAUGCAAACUCCCUGAGCAAACUAGCUUUUCGAGCCCCUUCAUGUAGUAUGGUGAGACAAAAAGACAGAAUUUGAAUGGUGUACCUCCUCAAGGGAUUAUUGUAACUUUGCAUAUAGCUGCUUUCAUAAGCAAAUUCUUUUAAAAGUCCAUAAACAGUUUAUAAAACUCUAUUCAGUAA